AUGAAGCUGUCAAUCCUUCUGCCAGCAGCGGCCGUCCUUGGUGCGGCGAAGGCUUCGCCGGCGAUCGGUAUGUUGUCCACUCAACACUCGCGUUGAUGACGGCAGCUAACAGCUCGUAGCCGGCGAGAUCAAGAGGGGACCCUACCGUCCGCACCGGUACGGUCCACCAGCCUAUGGUCCUCCAGGAUACGCAUCUCCGAGCGGCUACGGCACGAUCGACCCAAGCAUCCCACUGUCCACCGCCUCUCCCAGCAGCACAGAGGACUCACCCAUCACGGCCUCCAUCUCGUCUAGUUCUCUUGCCUUCACGAGCCAGCCAACGUCCGGUCAGCCGCCCACAACCUCUCCCUCGACUCCAGGCUCCCCCUUCGGCGGCGGCUUCACCAACACUUCCUCGCUCCCGCUCCCCACCGGCGGCACGAUCACGACGCGCUUCAAUAGCACCACGACCCUCACCCUCACUUCGACCGUCCUGGUCACGCUGAAUCCCUCUUCUCCUCCCGUCGCUUCUUCUGGCUUCCCAUUCCCAGGCACUCACGCGCCGUACUCGUACGGCAAUUCCAGCUACCCAGAUCCCGCACCCACGGGCACGGGCACGGGCACGGCAGCGAGCAGCACGCUCGGAAGUCCCAUCACUGCCGCUUCUCCGUCUUCGUCUUCGCCUUCCCGUUCCGUCUUUCCCACCAGCAGCGCCCUCUCUAUCGGAGGCACUGGCACCGGGACUGCGUCUUUCACCAGCCUCCCUCGGACGGGGAAUUCCACCCUUGGAACCGGCUCCUACCCUCUCCCUGCUAGCAGUACUACUCUCCCCACGAAUCGUACCGUCCUUUCCCCUCUCACUUCGACUUUCUACCUCACUGCGACUGCUACGGGCAACUACUCCAUGUCCCCGACCGAUCCUGCUCCUUACGGCACUGCCCCUUCUUCUUCCGGUUUCUCUACUGCUCCCAGCGGACCGGUUUCCGGAAGCAAGACGCCCGUGGCGUAUCCGACGACUUCGUACGACGGCCCGAAGACGUAUGCGGUGUACGGAGCGGGUGGUGGAUAUGGGAGUCGUCGGUGGUUUUGGGGGGAGGCGUGA